UUGACGCAGUAGUAUCGUGUUCCUAUUCAGUAACGAGAAUAUGCUUAUAAUUUUCUACUUGAAUUGAAAAUGCAUUUCUUUUUAUUGUUGAUAGUGUUCUUGUCAGGAUUUAGUGAAAAAUCUAUAACAGCUAUUGAAGUGCACGAAAAUGUGAAUGAAAAUGGAACAGAUCCUGAAUCCGGUGCUGAAUCACCGCUGAAAACUACACUUCCAAACAGUUCCGUUCAGAAUGGGUCCCAGUUGGCGAUCAAUGAACCCGGUAAAAGUGUCGUUAUGACAACAAGUGCCGUUGAUUACAGCAGCAACAGCAGUGGUAGCCAGCAGCAGCAAGUGAACGACAAUAACCAUCAGCAGCAUCACCAGCACAGUUCGAGUUACCGCGAUACGCCAUUACAGGUUACGCCAACUACGACCGUUUCCACUACCGUCUCAGUGAGCAGCACGGGGCCUUCCACGGCGUUAUCAUCGGCAACAUCUUCUUCCGGAUCGGCUUUUAAAGAAGACAGCGUUUUGAAGGACAUUGUAGGAGCAAAUCUAUCGCAGCAGCAGUUGUCCGCGUAUAAAAAGCGUCAGCUGUAUUCGAGCGCUUUUCAUUUAACAAAGAAUGCAACACUCGGAAGAAGUUUCGGCAAGAACCCAAAUCGUCAAUCUCAAUCGGCCAAAGAGUUUGUACCAUCUCAGGAGCUGACUCAUUUGUAUCAACGCUUCGAAGAUCAUCGGCCCUUUCUUCCAUCUCCCCCGAUAGAUGCAACCUACCCGUCCAGUGUGAUUGAUAACGAUUCCAAAUGGUUCGGCGCGAACCACAUCAAUAUUCCGGAAUCUUUUCAAGCUCCCGAAAUCAAGCACCAUCUACCUCCGAAGCUCGAACAUCACAAGAACGGUAAAUACCUCUGGCUUCCCAACGGCCAGACGCACCACAACGGUGCCAGUUUCGAUAGUCCUUUCAGCAGAAACAAAUCGCGGUUGGCUACCCCUCCGAAGGGAAAAUGGAAAUGGGUGCCUGAAGGGGAGGAAGGUUCGGACCCACAACUGCAAUCCGAGACGCCCAUUGAAAACGGAAAGGCACCUGACCUUGAGAGCAAGAUUAUAAGCAGCGGUCAUCACUACUUUAGGUUCCCACCGCCGCGUGGCCAUCCAUAUUCGUUCGAUGCCGGUCAAUCGCCGUUCAGUAGCGACGAGACAGGAAGUGGAGGAUUCGGUUCACCCGGCAGUGGCGGCGGUAGCAGCAGCAGUAGCAGUACUACGACCGAUCCGUUGAUGUAUUUCUUCGGGCCCUCGCCAACGGCUGUGGUGGAUGGAUCCAGCUCGAGCAAGUUGAAAACCGGUGUCACGGGGGACUCGGACGCACUUAAAGGAGUGUCUCCGUGGAAAAAGAUCAUCCAUGUACUGUCUGCGGCGAUCCCUAUUGGGCUCAUUAUCUCCGCGCUGACUCCACAGGUUGUCUACAUCAAUCCAAACAUGACGCAAAAUCCCGUCCAGAUGCAAACGCCCACCCCGAUCGGUGCCACCGGCUCCAGUAGUAAUUUUGCGAACCCCAGCCGGCAACGUUCCGAAGAUCAAACAGGGCCGUUCGGGACAGCACCCGCCAAUCCACUGAUUGGAUUCCUGAAUGCCCUGUCCGCCAAUCAAAGCCGGUGGCCAAAUUUUGAUGCCCUUUUCGGUGGUGCCACUGGCAGUAGCAGCCCCAUCGAAGGAGGAGGUGCUUGCGAGGAGAAAUCAUUUUGCGAGAUGGCACGCCAAGGAAUCAAUCACGAUGCCGACACACUGUUCAAAAUGUUGUGGAAAAUUGCCAAUGAGACACCUGCAGAUCAGGCCAGCCAGAGUGGGCUGGAGGAAAUUUUCCGCGCCGUCAAAGACGAUGACUGUUCGAGAUUCCACUGUGAAAGCACUUAAUCCAAGCAAGCAUAUCGUAGUCGUCAAUGGCUUUGGUUACCGCAGCAACAGUACUGAUUUUUGUUGCUAUCCGCAGUUUUCUUAUUCGUUGUGCGGCUGUGUAGUCAUAGUAAUUGCGCCGUUGUUGUGGCUGAAAGAUAGGUACCUUGGAUCAUUCACCACAAACAAUAAGCCACUUUGGUACCAACGACGAAGGUGGCGGUGUUUAAAUUAAGCUUUUAUUUUCUUCCGAUUUCCACAAUUACGUUUCGAGGACCAAUUCAAAGUGACACUCAGCUACGUACAUGCCAGAGAGGUGCAAACAAACGAUAGUGUGCUUAGCUUAGUUGGAGAGACAUCAAUCAAUUGAAUUAAGGAAAUUUCGCUGUUAGUCAGACGGCAUGUAAGCAUCGUAACGAUGAAGAAAAAAUAAAAGUUACGUAACUAAAAGGGUUCCUCGGAUUGAUAUUACUUAAGCUUUCGAUUUCCCCGUGUUAUAUACGAUUUAUUGACAGAAUUGUCCUUAAUAAGUAGUUAUGACAAUAAAUAAUGUUUUAAUGUAUUUCCAAUAAAA